GCCAAAUGUCAUCUCCAUUGUAUUCGGCUGCUUACAUCCUUAACCCAGCAUGUUUAUUCGCUUUUGUUAAUCCAACAAAAGCACUUACUAUGUAUAUGGUUGGAUUUAUUGAUGUCUUGGAAAGAAUAAUUCCAGAUAGAGAAGAACGGGACAAGAUCUCAACUUUGUUGGACUUCUAUACAAAAAGUGAGGGGAUAUUCUCAAAGGAUAUCGUAAUAAGGCAUCGGACAAUGAAAUUACCCACUGACUGGUGGGCUGCCUAUGGAGUGGACCCGAACAGGAAGGAUCCAGCUCUAAAGAAGAUGGCUAUGAGGAUUCUUGGACUCACGUGUUCUGCCAGUGGUUGCAAGCGCAAUUGGAGCACGUUCGAGGCGAUUCAUACUAAGAAAAUGAAUCGCCUUGAGCAAAAAAAGCUCAAUGACUUGGUUUUCGUUCAAUACAAUCAAAAAUUGCGAGAACGAUUUCAAACUAGGAAAGAAAAGCCUGAUUUCUUUGACCCUAUCUGCUUAGAUGAGUUGAAUGCAGAUAACGAGUGACUCGUAGAGACC